CGCAGGACUCGCGACCAAACAUCCACCGAUCAUGGUUCUCGAAUCUCCCCCCGAGUUGGGGAGCAUACACAAUAUAGUCGAAUUCAUGGACAAAAUGCCAGUGCCGCAGUCCGAUCUCGAAUUCUUUUCGUCCAUCCCGUACGUGAAACAUUAUCUGCAGGAUCGGGACUCGCCGUACAAGCCUGCGGCGUUCUACUCUGUAUACACAAAGCCGAAUGAUCCCACGGCAGACCUUUUCUUUGCACGUACGAUUGCCACGGAGGACACGAUACCACACCGUCUCCUGCUGAUGAGGAAGGGGGUGUGGCCGUUGACGAACCCGGCGGUGGGCGCAAGCAACGCGAAGCAAAGGCCUUUCGCAGCUCCUGAAACGCCCGAAAUCAUCAUCUUGUACGACCUCAAAGCGGGCAUGAACGGCUUUGCCAACACUGCACACGGGGGGGCCAUGUGUGCUUUGCUUGACGAGACCUUGGGCAUGUGCGCCGAGGUGCACCGACAGACGCAGUUCAAGGACCAGAAGACGAUGCUGUACACCGCGCAGCUCAACACGAGCUUCCUUGCGCCUAUAAAGACGCCCGGCGUCGUGAGGGUCAAAGCAUGGAUGCUUGGGCGCGAGGGAAGGAAAUGGAAAUUGAGGGCGCAAAUGGACGACUGCCAAGGCCAAGUUUUGCUCGAGACGGAGAGUCUGUGGAUCAGUACAAAGGAAGAGGGCAAUCUGUAAGCGGGAUGUCUGCGUUUUAUGGGGAUAUAAUCACGCGAGACAAGGAGCAAGUUGAGGAAAAACCUUCCCAAGCCACCCAUACUUUUCCAAAUGUCUAGCGUCUUGGAGACCCAGCAGGUCGGCUCGAAGGAAAACAUCCGCAAGAUUCAUGUGUAGCUCUACUCUAGCUCUGCCUGAGCAGUGGCAUUAGUUAGGGUGCAGAUCGUGGAAGCCUAACGUUGCAGCGAGAGACGUCUGACCCAGAUUAUAACUGUACAG